UUCUUUCUUCAUAAAAAUUUUUAGUUUAAAUUAAAUAUAGUGCUAGUGAGAUGUUGGGUAAUCUAAGGCAUAUAUACCUAUAUGACUCGAUUCUAGUAAAAACGCGAUGAGUAUAUUGUUGAAUUGAACCGCUCUAUGAGAUUACAUUAGGGCAAUUUUUAAUUAUUUUUUCUCAUAAUUUAUUUAUUUAUGGAACAUGUUCGAUACUCAUUACUUAAUUUUUGCCGUCCACUUAAUAAUUUUAUUAAUAAUAAAUGAAGAAAAAACACUUGUUUUCGGAAGUGAUGUUGAAAAUAAUAUUUCGGAAGUUUGUGAAACUAAGGAAUGCCACUCAUUAGCGGAAUUAAUUAAAAAGGGAAUGAAUGAUAGCGUAAAUCCUUGCGAUGACUUUUAUUCCUACGUAUGUGGUUCAUGGCAAUCUAAUUAUCCGGUUCCUAAAGGCAAACAAAACUGGGAUUUAUUUGAAAUAAGUACAGAAGAAAGAAAAUUUAUUCUAAAAGACAUUAUAGAAAAGCCACUAAGUUCUGAGGAUACUGAGCCAUUAGUUUUCGAGAAAAAAUGGUAUAAUUCUUGUAUGGAUGAAGACAGAAUUAAGAAAAAAGGAUUGGAACCGUUGAAGAAAAUUAUAGACAAGAUUGGUGGUUGGCCAAUGGUUAUGAAUACAACUGAAUGGGAAAAAAAAGAAAUCACUUGGCAAGAUGUUGUUUAUUAUUAUGUCGAUAUUGUAGGAGGAUAUGGUUUAUUUACUAUAGGUACUUCAUCUAAUCCAAAAAAUUCCACACUUCACAUGAUUGCGAUUACUCAAGAAAAUAAGUUUCUGCCUAACAUCAAUUUUUUGAAUGAUAUGGAAAGUAGUGAUUAUAAUAAUCAAUUUAUUUCAUACAGUAAUGGAAAUAACGAUAAUAAUGAUGAUAUAACAAAAUUUCAAAAUUUUCUAAACAAAGCAAUUUCUAAAUAUUCAGAAUCCGAAGGAAUGAGGGACGAAAAAAAAAUCGAAAUUGACAGUAGGAAUUUGUUUGAUUUUAUUAAUUCCUUGGAGAAGAUUAAAUUAACUCUAAAUGAAAGAAGAGAAUUUGGAUAUGAAAUAAUGCGAAUUAGCGAUUUUCAGAAUUUAUAUAAUCAUAACAAUACUAAUGAAAGCACGAUAUCAAAGAUUAAUUGGCUCGAAAUGAUUAAAGCCGUUUACAAUAAUACUGAUGUUGUUAUUGAUGAAUCAGAAAAAAUAAUUGUACUUGACAAAACUUACUUCAAUAAAUUAAGUCAACUACUAGAAAAAACAGAUCAAAGAACAAUUGUCAAUUACAUUCAUUGGAUGUUUAUAGUGGAGACCCUUCCAUAUUUAGAUAAAGAAAUAAAACAAUUCAUUUAUGACACGAAGAAAACUGCUGAUGUAGGAAUCAUCAAACCAUCAGAAAGGUGGGAAUAUUGUUUCGAUAGUUUGCCAUUCAAUUUCGGAACGUCUUUUGAAUUCAUAAAACGUCAAUUUCCUAACACGACAAAAGAAUCGGCGACAACCAUGGCUAAAGAAAUCCAACAUGAAAUUGAAGUACAAAUGUCGAACUCCAAUUGGUUGAAUAAUGAAACAAAGAACCUGGUUAAGGAAAAACUCAAGGCAAUUAAAGUUGUAAUUGGUUAUUCAGAAUCGUUUUUUUCGGAAAUUAAUUCAAGUGAUGAACAUAUAAAUGAUGAGGUUCCGUUAGGUCCAGAUUAUUUCGAAAAUAAAAUCGCUUUUUUUAAACAUAUAAGAUUUGAAGCAGCCAAAAAUAUUCGUGAACUAAAGAGCAAUGUUUCUGAGCCAGUUAUUAUGUCACCACUUACCUAUAAUGCUGGUUAUGAACUAAGCACGAAUAGUUUGAAUGUUGCAGCUGCACUACUUUCACUUCCCAUAUAUAAUUUGAAUUUACCUCUUGCGAUAAAUUACGGAUAUAUAGGUUAUAUAAUGGGUCACGAAAUGACUCAUGGAUUUGAUGACCAAGGACGAAAAUAUGAUAAAAAUGGAAAUAGAAUUCCUUGGUGGUCAGACGAAAUGAUUGAUGAAUAUGAGAAGAGGGCCAAAUGUUUUGUGGAUCAUUAUAAUAAUUAUAAAGUAGACGGAAAACUAACUCAAGGUGAAACUAUUGCUGAUACCGGAGGGUUGAUUGCAGCUUAUGGAGCUUACAAGCAAAAAAUGAAGAAAGAAAAUAUUAAAGAUAAACGUUUACCAGGAUUAGAAAACUUGGAUUUAGAUCAAUUGUAUUUUGUUUCUAUGGCUUUUGUAAAUUGUGAGAGCGGAACACCAGAAUAUUUAGCGAGAAUAAAUACUGAUGUUCAUCCAAAAUCGAAUUUGAGAAUAAAUGGACUCAUGGCAAACGUAAAAGGAUUUAGUGAUGCAUUUAAAUGUGAUAAAGAACCAAUAUGCAAAAUAUGGGAUUGAUCUGGAUUCAAUAAGAAAAAUGUGUAGAAAUGUAUUUCACAAGUAUCUACUUACAGUUGAUGAAAUCACUCGUCGUACAUCCGAAUUAGCCAAUUUUUUCGAACACACUCACUCUGAGAAUUUUAAUGUAAUUAAUGAAACUUAUAAUUUUUUUUGUCACAAAAUGUGGAUCGAGAUUCGAUUCAAAAGUGAUACACGGAAAGAAAUCUUGUAAGGAUAUAUUUAAUAUUUUGACACUCAUAUUUAGUAUAUUAAGUUACAAUUGCGGAAGAUUUAGCAGAUUUUGGGGUGUUUAUAGAUUUCAUCACUAUUUUUUAAGAAAUGCCUAAAAUAAAAAUAAUAAAGUUUAAUAUAUUUAGAAACAAAAAGUAGAAUAGUUUUUGCGAAAUUCAUAAUUGUAUUAUGAAAAAUUCCAGAUGUUAAAUACGCCCUGUAACAAGUAUAUUAGAAUAAAAUAUUUCAUUUUCUGUA